AUGGUAGUACUGGACGAGGCACACAAAAUAUUUGACAGGAACUCAGGGUUUCGACAAUCUUACGAAUCGCUCAAGGAAAUUCAUGCUAAGUUUCCUGCAACACCAGUUGCAGCUUUGACCGCUACCAUUGACCGUGUGUCCUUAGAUAAACUAUGCACAGAAUACUUGCGAGAUCCCGUACUUGUUAAAGGAACUGUCGAUCGCCCAAACGUUAAACUGUCGCUCGGGAAGUACAAAGUUGUCGCAGACCGAGGAAAAAGAGGCGAAAGUUCUGAAAGUGGUUCCAAACAAAAGGGUCAGCCUUGGAAAGAUGUUGCACAGGAGAUAUACUCGUUGGUUGGAGAAAACUACGCGAUCGUUUACGUUGAUUUCAAAAACGACGUAGAAAAGAUGGUGGAAUCUUUAAAGGCGUGUGGUGUGGAAGAAGCUAAAGGAUAUCAUGGCAGAGACAUGACAGUGUCGGCAAAGGUCGAGAUCGAAAGGGCCUUCAGGAACAAAGAAAUUCAAGUUUUAGUUGCAACUGAGUCAUUCGAACUCGGUACACAUUCUCCACAUGUCAAUAUUGUAAUAAGGGUUGGUUGUGCACGUAACAUGAGGGCCGUUGGGCAAGAGCUUGGUAGGGCGGCUAGAGAGGAAAAUAAUGGCCACUUUGUUCUGCUUUUUAACGAAAACAAAGACGAUCAACGGUUUGGUUACUGGACAAGAGGAUGUUCAGACCAAGAGAAGGAAAAACAAGAACAGGACUUCCUGUCAGUGUGGAGGCGAUAA